AUGUGCAAUCGUAUCAAUUCUGUAAGGAAAGAUGGUGAGCAACAGGAUAUCCAUAGCGAAAUUGUUAAUGAUAUUCAACAAGACUUGGACCAGAACAAUGUCUUGGUAAAAUCAUUUCGCAUGGCAAGAGCAGAAAUACAAAAGAAUCCACUGGCUGAGGUUAAGAUUAAAUUGCUUGGUAAGCGAUCAAAGGAUGCCAGAACAUACAACUUGCCGCAAGUGUCAGAAGUUGCUGCCUUAAUUGUUGGUGAUAUUGAUACAAAUAUUGGAGAACGUGACAUUUUGGUGGAAACAAAGAGCGGCCUCUUGCAAAGAAUUACUGAAUUAAAUCCAGCUUACUUGCCCAUGCAAUACCCUCUAUUGUUUCCAUACGGUGAGGACGGUUACAGGGAAGACAUCCCCUUCUCAACAUUAAAAGGAAACAUAGCCGGUGGACGCCAACGGAUAAGUCCUCGAGAAUAUUUUUCAUACCGUAUCCAAUCGCGAAUCGCAGAGGUAUCAACUUUAUUGCAUGCAAAAAGGUUAUUACAACAAUUUGUGGUGGACGCCUAUACAAUGGUGGAGUCUGGAAGGUUAAUUUACAUAAGGACACACCAAAAAAGUUUGAGAUGCGAAUCAUAUAACUGCUUGAAUGAUGCUUUAACACGCGGUGAAGUCGACCCAACUACUCAAGGAAAGAGAAUAAUAUUGCCUUCAAGUUUUACAGGUGGUGCUAGAUACAUGAUACAAAAUUACCAGGACGCAAUGGCGAUAUGUAGAUGGGUUGGAUAUCCAGAUUUGUUUAUCACGUUCACCUGCAACCCCAAGUGGCCUGAGGUGCAACGAUUCUUGAACGAUCGAAAAUUAAAACCAGAAGAUCGUCCUGACAUAGUAUGUAGAGUAUUCAAAAUGAAAUUGGACGCUCUCAUUGCAGACUGCAGGAAGAACAAGCUUUUUGGACCAGUAAUUGGAGUGAUCUAUACAAUCGAGUUUCAAAAGAGAGGUCUACCGCAUGCUCAUAUACUGUUAUUUCUGGAAAAGACCAAUGGGAACCAAAGCGGGAUAAAUUUGGACAACAUCAUUUCAGCUGAGUUACCUGAUAAAGAAGAUGAUACCGAAUACUUCAAAGUAGUAGAGGAGUUUAUGAUGCAUGGUCCUUGCGGUAGAGCACGGUUGAAUUCUCCAUGUAUGGCGAAUGGUAAAUGUACUAAACACUUUCCCAAAAAGUUUGUUAAUUUCUCAACUUUUGACGAGGAUGGUUAUCCUAUCUAUCGGAGAAGAGACAAUGGUCGCUCGGUGAUGCGCAAUGGGAUUAACUUGGAUAAUAGGUACGUGGUUCCACACAAUAGGCAUUUGUUGUUAAAGUACCGGGCUCAUAUUAAUGUGGAAUGGUGUAACCAGUCCCGGUCAAUAAAGUAUCUAUUUAAGUACGUGAACAAGGGUCACGACAGGGUCACAGCAGAAUUCUACAGAACAAACACUGAUGAUGAUGGGCCGAAAGUUAUUAAUGAAAUCAGUAUGUACUAUGAUUGUAGGUACAUAUCUCCUUGUGAAGCAUGUUGGCGGUUGUUUGGAUUUGAUAUACAGUUAAGGACACCAUCAGUUGAACGAUUAAGCUUUCACCUGCCGAAUCAACAAAGUGUAGUAUUUGCCGAUGAUGAUCCAGUUGAUAACAUACUUAGCCGGCCAACAAUCUUACAAAGCAUGUUCCUAGAAUGGUUUGAGGCCAAUAAAAUCUACCCGGAAGCGAGGAAAUUGACAUAUGCUGAAAUGCCAACGAAAUUUGUCUGGAAGAAAGAUAUUAGAAAAUGGCAGCCAAGGAAAAGAGGAUUUGCAAUAGGUAGAGUAUUCUAUGUGCCUCCUGGUACAGGGGAGAUCUUUUAUUUGAGAUGUCUUUUGAAUAAAGUCAAAGGACCCACAAGUUACUUAGAUAUAAAACAAGUAAAUGGUGUGCAAUACGAUUCUUUUAGGGAUGCGUGUUCUGCGAGAGGCUUAGUAGAUGACGACAAAGAAUAUAUUCAGGCUAUCGAAGAAGCAAGUCAAUGGGCCACAGGUGUGAAUUUGAGAAGAUUGUUUGUCACUCUCUUGAUGUCAAACUCAAUGGCGAAACCUGAAGUUGUCUGGGAAGCUGCGUGGACUUAUUUGUCUGAUGAUGCACAAUUCAAGAUUAGAGAAGACAUGAGGAUUCCAGAUUUUAUCUUAUCGGAAGACGAGAAGAAGAAUUUUGCACUUGCUGAGAUAGAACUAAUGCUUUCGACUAUGGGAAAGAGUUUGAAAGACUUUCAAUCGAUGCCGGUACCGGAUUUAGAGAAUCAUGCUAGAACCACCAAUCGGUUGAUACAGGAGGAAUUAGCAUAUGAUGUUAAUGUCAUGAAGGAAGAGAAUGAUAGCAUGGUGGAACAACUGACUGAAGAACAAAGGGCGAUAUAUGACAACGUAUUGCAAGAUGCUCAGAAUAAUGUUGGAGGACUUUUUUUUGUUUAUGGAUACGGUGGAACGGGAAAAACAUUCUUGUGGAGAGCAUUGUCUUAUGCUAUUAGAUCAAAGGGUGAGAUAGUUUUAAACGUUGCAUCAAGUGGCAUAGCUUCACUUCUAUUACCUGGGGGAAGAACUGCACAUUCAAGGUUUGCAAUACCAAUAGCUGUUAAUGAAGAUUCAACUUGCAAUAUAAGCCAAAGUAGUCCGCUGGCACAGUUGAUCAUGCAAAGUAGGUUGAUCAUUUGGGAUGAGGCACCAAUGAUGCAUAAAUUUUGCUUUGAAGCUUUGGACCGAACUAUGAGAGAUAUAAUGCGUGUCAAAAAUCCAAACAGCUGGGAUAUGACUUUUGGUGGAAAAACAGUGGUGUUAGGUGGAGAUUUUAGACAAAUACUACCAGUAAUUCCAAAGGGAUCGAGACAAGAUAUUGUGGGAGCCAGCAUAAAUUCAUCCUAUCUUUGGAGAAGUUGUAGAGUAUUUAGGCUAACAAAGAAUCUUAGACUCAGGACAUUGCAAUCAAAUACUGAAGCUCAAGAGAUUGAAGAAUUUGCUAAAUGGAUUGCCAAUAUAGGUGAUGGAAAAAUUGGUGAUUCAAGGGAUGGAGAAUGUGAGAUCAAGAUUCCUCAGGAAUUUUUACUGACGUGUGUUGAGGAUCCUAUUGCUACAAUUGUUGAUAGCACAUUUCCUAUGUUUCGCAGUGGUAACCGAGAUCUGAAAUAUCUAAAAGAUCGUGCAAUUUUGGCCCCAACUUUGGAUAUUGUUGAUACAGUCAAUGAAUACAUGAAUGAAUAUAAUAAUGCUGAAGGAAGGACGUAUCUCAGUUGUGAUUCAAUUUGCAAAUCGGAUUCUAAUGUUGACAUGCUUGCUGAUCUGCACACACCGGAAUUUUUAAAUGGAUUACGCUGUUCUGGAGUUCCAAAUCACUCAUUGACUCUAAAAGUCGGCUCACCAGUUAUGCUUUUGAGAAAUAUUGAUCACUCAUUGGGGUUGUGCAAUGGUACAAGAAUGAUAAUUUCAAAGUUGGCUGAUCAUGUUUUAGAAGCUCAAAUACUGUGCGGAGCAAGUGCUGGUUCAAAGGUCUUAAUUCCAAGGAUGUCCUUAACACCGUCUGAUCCCAGAUUGCCUUUUAAAUUCCAAAGAAAGCAAUUCCCACUAAUGUUGUCAUAUGCCAUGACAAUAAAUAAAAGUCAGGGUCAAACACUCUCAAACGUCGGUUUGUUUUUGAAGAGGCCGGUUUUCAAUCAUGGUCAAAUGUAUGUAGCAGUGUCAAGAGUUAGUAGUCCAAAGGGUUUAAAAAUACUUAUCUGUGAUGAAAAUGUAAAAUCUAAAAAUACGACUACAAAUGUCGUAUAUAAAGAAGUUUUCAAUAAUGUCUAA